AUGCCGGGACCCCAUAGGGAGAGCCAUCACCGUCACAGAGAACCAUCACCGUCACACUCCAGCCUCACAGAACCAGCACCGUCACACUCCAGCCUCACAGAACCAUCACCGUCACACUCCAGCCUCACAGAACCAGCACCGUCACACUCCAGCCUCACAGAACCAGCACCGUCACACUCCAGCCUCACAGAACCAGCACCGUCACACUCCAGCCUCACAGAACCAGCACCGUCACACUCCAGCCUCACAGAACCAACACCAUCACACUCCAGCCUCACAGAACCAACACCGUCACACUCCAGCCUCACAGAACCAACACCGUCACACUCCAGCCUCACAGAACCAGCACCGUCACACUCCAGCCUCACAGAACCAGCACCGUCACACUCCAGCCUCACAGAACCAACACCGUCACACUCCAGCCUCACAGAACCAACACCGUCACACUCCAGCCUCACAGAACCAACACCGUCACACUCCAGCCUCACAGAACCAACACCGUCACACUCCAGCCUCACAGAACCAGCAUCGUCACACUCCAGCCUCACAGAACCAGCACCGUCACACUCCAGCCUCACAGAACCAGCACCGUCACACUCCACAGAACCAGCACCGUCACACUCCAGCCUCACAGAACCAACACCGUCACACUCCAGCCUCACAGAACCAGCACCGUCACACUCCAGCCUCACAGAACCAGCACCGUCACACUCCAGCCUCACAGAACCAGCACCGUCACACUCCAGCCUCACAGAACCAGCACCGUCACACUCCAGCCUCACAGAACCAGCACCGUCACACUCCAGCCUCACAGAACCAGCACCGUCACACUCCAGCCUCACAGAACCAGCACCGUCACACUCCAGCCUCACAGAACCAGCACCGUCACACUCCAGCCUCACAGAACCAGCACCGUCACACUCCAGCCUCACAGAACCAGCACCGUCACACUCCAGCCUCACAGAACCAGCACCGUCACACUCCAGCCUCACAGAACCAGCACCGUCACACUCCAGCCUCACAGAACCAGCACCGUCACACUCCAGCCUCACAGAACCAGCACCGUCACACUCCAGCCUCACAGAACCAGCACCGUCACACUCCAGCCUCACAGAACCAGCACCGUCGCACUCCAGCCUCACAGAACCAGCACCGUCACACUCCAGCCUCACAGAACCAGCACCGUCACACUCCAGCCUCACAGAACCAGGACCGUCACACUCCAGCCUCACAGAACCAGCACCGUCACACUCCAGCCUCACAGAACCAGCACCGUCACACUCCAGCCUCACAGAACCAUCACCGUCACACUCCAGCCUCACAGAACCAGCACCGUCACACUCCAGCCUCACAGAACCAGCACCGUCACACUCCAGCCUCACAGAACCAACACCGUCACACUCCAGCCUCACAGAACCAGCACCGUCACACUCCAGCCUCACAGAACCAGCACCGUCACACUCCAGCCUCACAGAACCAGCACCGUCACAUCCCUACACCUGGGAUGAGAGAGUUAACAGUUGGGGAGGUAGUCCCUGA